AAGUUAGCAUCCAAAAAACGGCCGAGUGUUUUGAAUACGUGGCUAGAUGGUCCACGCUCGUUCGAUAUCGCUUUCAACAUUUCUGAUAUCGAUCACUUCGGUAACGCCAUGGUUGAGUGGUGGAAUGCCCUUCAACCAAGCUGGAGGCAAAGUGACGAAGGUUUACCGAUACCUCAAUAUACAGGAACAUUUACGCCUCUGUGCAAAGGCGGCCAAAAUGGGAUAGUGACGGUGUUGUUUGGCCUUUUCUGGUGGGGACGUAAUUUAGAGGGGAAUAUGUCGCAAUGGCAUAAGAUGGUAUCAGAUGUGAGCGACACGCUGGAUGCCCUCCUCUUCGCCAAGGAAUCUGAAAAGCGGCGCAAGCGAUAA